AUGCGACCGAAAGCAGAUAUGUUCCAGUUAACGAGGAUAUUUGCCCUUGGUUGGAUGAUUCAGCUCUCGGCCGCUGCAGGCAUUGCUGAGUGGAAGUCUAGAUCGGUUUACCAGACAAUGACCGACCGUUUCGCGCGCACAGACGGAUCAACGGUUUCACCAUGCAACACCACAGCAGGUCUCUAUUGUGGAGGGACAUGGAAGGGCACAAUCGACAAGCUCGAUUAUAUCCAAGGGAUGGGAUUCGAUGCUGUCAUGAUAUCCCCUAUUAUCGAGAACGUUGAGGGUCGAGUUUCCUAUGGUGAAGCCUAUCACGGAUACUGGCCGGUGGAUCUAUAUUCACUGAAUUCACAUUUUGGAACUCGACAAGACUUGCUGGAUCUCAGCGAUGCUCUCCAUACCCGAGGAAUGUAUCUCAUGAUGGAUACUGUCAUUAAUAACAUGGCCUAUAUCACUAAUGGGAGCAAUCCAGCCACCCAUAUUGACUACUCGACCUUCACACCCUUCAAUAAUUCCGAUUACUUUCACCCAUACUGCAAAAUUACGGACUGGACCAACUACACCAAUGCACAAGAUUGUCAAACCGGAGAUAAGAUCGUACCUCUUCCCGACCUUUUCACAGAGCAUCAGGAUGUUCAAACUCUGCUCGAGAAUUGGGCACAAGAUACGAUGCAAACGUAUUCAAUCGAUGGACUUCGAAUCGAUGCCGCCAAGCACGUCAGCUCGGGAUUUUUACGCAACUUCGACAAGUCAACGAGCGCAUUCAUGACAGGAGAGGUCCUUGAGAUGAGCAGAGAUAUUAUUUGUAAUUACCAGCACAAUUACAUCCAAAGUCUCCCAAACUAUCCAGUUUACUACGCGAUGCUGGAGGCUUUCACAAGAGGCAAUAUCACCCGUCUGGCAAACGAGGUAAUCGAGAUGAAGGCAAUGUGUCCCGACGUGACAGGCCUUGUUUCAUUUUCAGAGAACCACGACGUUGAGCGUAUCGCUAGCUUCAACGAUGAUAUCUCGCUCGCGAAAAACAUCAUUACCUUCACCAUUCUUUUCGAUGGUAUCCCAAUGAUCUACCAAGGCCAAGAACAACAUCUCAAGGGCUCUGGCACUCCAUUAAAUCGGCAGGCUCUUUGGCUAUCCGAAUAUGAUACCGAUUCUGUUCUAUAUAAGCUUAUUUCCAAGCUCAAUGCUAUCAGGAGCCACGCCUCAAAGAUAAGCAACGACUACAUUGACACCCAAUCGCGUGCCGUUUUUGAAGGUGGAAGUGAGCUUGCCUUUGUGAAAGGCAUCGAGGGGCUUCAAACUCUCAUGGUCCUCUCCAAUCAAGGCAAAGCCGGCAAGCCCUAUGCUCUCAGUUUGCCAUUCGGCUUCAAUGCUGGCACACAAGUCACCGAAGUGCUUAAUUGCAAAAAUUACACUGUUGACAAUCAAGGUGAACUGAAGCUCGAUAUGGAUGCAGGCGAACCUCGAGUUUUCUAUCCCACCAAGUACAUGGGAGGCAGUGGUCUUUGCGGACAUUCAUUCUCUAACGUCACUCUUGCGGAACUCAAGUUGAGCUAUUCAUCGACCAAGUCUCUCGCGAAUCCUACACGUGUAAGCCCGACCGGUACAAUUUUGGUUUCACUUGCUCUGUUGCUGCUUCUUAGUAUUGAAAAGCUCUUUUGA